AUGAGAAUCCCUAUUAAUUUAAAUGUUGCAACCAAUGAGGAGUUUGACAAUGUCGUACAUUUGUUCUCUACUAAUGACAAUGUCCGUAAUCAUAACAAGAGAAUGUUGUAUUCCUUGAGGCAUCCUAUUGCACGCAAUGUUGCAACAAAGGUAGGAAGUGUUAAUGCAAUAGAAGAUUGUUUAGAUGAUGAAAUUAAUCUAGAUUUAUUGAUUAGCAAUAAUUCAAGGGUGGUGUUGACUUCAAAUCUAUGGACAAAGGUCAGUCUUGUAAAUGGAGCUCUAGGGUAUAUUAGAAAGAUUGUCUACAAACCAGGAAGUGCUCCACUUGAACCACCAACAUAUGUGAUGGUUAAAUUUGAUAAUUAUUCUAAAAUGGCAUUUGAUGAUCAUCAUCCAACUACAAUUCCAAUAAAAGCAAUACAAAGGGAUAGUACACUUCAAUUACCAUUAAGAUUGGCAUGGGCAUUGACAAUACACAAAUCUCAAGGAUUAACUCUUUCAAAAGCUACAAUUGAUAUAGGACCAAGAGAAAGAAUAGGAUUGACAUUUGUUGUAGUAUCUCGUGUGAAGUCUCUAUAA